AUGUCGUUUUCCUUAUACGGCGAUCUUCCGAAACCGAAAUCCAGCAAAGGCGAAAAUAGUAAGGAAGAAGACGGAAAUACCCUUGUCGCAAAAGGUUGGGCAGCCGUAGCUCCCACGCCAACCCCGUCCAGCAAUGAAUCGCCAACAGCGACAUCCACAUCUUCCUCGGAACAGCCUAAACCAUCAGGUUGGGCGCUCUAUAGUCAAUUUCGACCCGUCAUGCGUAAGCCAACAAUUCUGGCCAAACCCAAAAUUCACAAACCCGUCAUUCCGGUCGGGGGGAAAAUAGUGUCGACGAUAUCGGCACAAACACACCAAACCGCAACUCAAGUAGUGUCUACCAAAGAUGUCUCGCCUCAACCAAAUUCUAUACCGUUAAAGACAUCUUUAAAUGAUGUCAAUGGGUUUGCCGAUCUCCAGUCAAAUGCAAAGAAAGCUAAAAAGAUUCAGAAGCACAAACAAAAGGAUCCGCAAGCACCAAAUGAGUUUGAUAUGGAGGAGGACUACGAUCCAAUACGGCCGAAUGAUUACGAAAUGUAUAUGGAACAGAAAGAUAGGUUGAAAGAGGAAAAAGAAAGAUUACAACAUCGUAUUAGACGUCGGUCUCCGUCUAUAUCUUCUGAAUCUUCUAGUUCAAGUCGAUCACGAUCGAUCAGCCCGUCAAGAUACAACAAAAUGUUUGCGCCUCCGCAAAGUUUAGAUGGCUCUGAGACCUCGUCGAAAGUAGAGGCACCGGAAGGUUCCGGUGCUCAGCCAGACAAGGUCGUGGUUAGUUCAGUAAUCAAGACCAUCAAUUUGGAGGAAACAGCAGAAGACGCCUGGAUGCGACGAGCCCGAUUGAGCGGAAAGUCCAAUGUAACGCCGCGUAAAAGGUCUACACCAAGCCCUGAACCGGAUGAUAGCCGAUCCGAUAACAUUGACGUAUCCGACCACCACGACAUGAAAGUUAAUUAUGAUGGAUCAGCAGAUGAAAACAAAGUACGAUCAGAAGCAACCUCCAUCGUUCUUUUAAGAAACAUGGUUGGGCCAGGUGAAGUGGACGAUACAUUACAGCAUGAGACAGCCGAUGAAUGUAGUAAAUACGGCAAAGUUGAACGAUGCCUUAUUUUCGAGGUACCUGAAUCACAAGUUGGAGCAAAUCAAGCAGUCCGUAUUUUUGUAAAGUUUCAAUCCGCAUUGUCCGCACAACGUGCCGUGGAUGAUCUUAAUGGACGCUACUUUGGCGGACGGAUUGUGACUGCUACCUUCUUCGACGCUGCAAGAUUUGAACGGUUAGAUUUAGCGCCAAUGAAAGAGGAAAUGAUCAACCCCAAGGAACCAAAAUAA